GCUGAACUUAUGGAGGAAAAAAAGAACCAAGGGUACCUGGGAUUGUUGAGGGGACCCACUUUGUUGACAUAGAAAGGGACUUCAUCUCCUACAUUGUAGCGACGAUCGUUUGGUAAGGCCAGCGCCGUGCCAACUAAUGGGGUCCUUCUAAACUUAGUGGCCAUGUCAUUCAGGGCCACGUCAGCAGUUCCUUUCGCGACCAUACUGGUUAUUCUUCUUAUACAUGCCCUUGUUGCAAUCCCAUUGCUUAUACUCGGCGGUGGGGCCGGGUACCGUUUCAGGUCAGAAUUUCAUCAAGCACCUUCUUCUUCCCAGAAGAAAUCUGCAAGGGAAAUUCCCUCACUCAAGUGGCAUCAAAAGACUCCCUGUCAAAUGUUUCUGGCUGGUCUGUUGCCUUACAGCGCCAUUGCCCUUGAGUUGCACUAUUUAUAUGCUAGCAUGUGGGCCCAUAAAAUAUUAACUCUCCCCGGAGUUUUAUUCGUGAUGUUCAUAAUCCUCGUCUUUCUCACUGCUGUCUUAAGUGUUGGUUUGACAUGUUUUCAGCUCACUGCUGAAGACCAUGAGUGGUGGUGGCUGUCUAUUUUCCGUGGAGGCUCGACUGCUGCAUUUAUGUUUGCCCAUAGCAUCUAUUUCUAUUACAAAUCAAGCAUGAGUGGCUUCUUGCAGGCGAGUUUCUUCUUCGGCUACACAGCUUGCUUAUGUUAUGGAUUUUUCCUUGCUCUUGCAACAGUUGGCUUUCUUGCUUCCUUUGUGUUUGUUUGCCACAUGUACCGUGCAGUCAAGAGCGAAUGACCUUCUCAUAUUCUCCUCUGUCUUAGAGUACAUGCAGAGAAUUAAUUUAUAAGAAUGGGGAAAUAUUUUUGCUUCCAUUGUUAAUGUGAAGCUAAGCAUAUUGUUUGGUGUGUGUAUUUUUCACAAAUGGAAAAGAUAAGACAAGGGGCUCCCAAUUUGUUGGACAAUAUAUAUAUUGCAUAAUGUAUUUGAGUCUUAGGACCCUUGCGUUAGUCUUAAUUUCAUUACUCUUGUUUUGUUUUUUGUUCAGGACUUUGUUCAAAAUUACAUUUUGAAGCAACCUGGUCAACAUAUGCUAUAAUUUUAGUGAACACAUUUUGUUCAAUAGUAAAUACGAAGUAAUACG